CAGGUGCAGAGUAGAUCCUCAUGGAGCUGUCUCCACCUCCCAGAGGCCUAGAGGCUGAGUAUGCAGGUCUUUUCACCACUGGCUCCCUCCACUUCCUCCAUGAGCUGAUUUCCACUUUUGAUGCAGAGGUGGAACAGAUCCUUCAGCUGAGAGCGUCCAGGAAAGCUCAGCUGGAUCUUUCAGGUGAACUCCCAACUUUCUUAGAAAGCACCGCACACAUCAGGGAGGACCCAGACUGGAGGGUGCUCCCCGUCCCAACCAGGCUCCAGAAAAGGCACGUUGACAUUGGAGAUAUGGCCCCCUUCGACACGGGUCGCUUCCUGAGAGCACUGCGCUCUCCAGCACAAGGCAUUCAGGUUGACUUUGAUGAUGGGAACUGUCCAACUUUCCACAACCAGAUCAAAGGUCUUCACAACGUCCUUCUGGCAGUGAGCAACCGGCUCCCUGAUGUCCCUCACAUUUCCCAGGCUCCGGUGCUGAUGCUGCGUCCCCGGGCCUGGAACAUGGUGGAGCACCACAUGAUGGUGGAGGGAAAGGAGGCUCCUGGUCCUCUCUUUGACUUUGGACUCCUCAUGUAUCACUGUGGAAGGACACUGCUGGAGAACCACAGUGGACCAUUUUUCUACCUGUCCAAGGUGGAGAGCCUGAUGGAGGCCAGGCUGUGGAACAACAUCUUCAUCUGGACGCAGCAGAAGCUUGGCCUGCCGCUGGGCUGCAUAAAGGCGACGGUGCUGAUAGAAAACGUCUUGGCAACAUUUGAAAUGGACGAGAUCCUCUACGAGCUGCGGGAACACUCGGCAGGGCUCAACUGUGGCAUCUGGGACUACUCUGCCUCCUUUGUCAAUAAGUUUGGUCACCGUCAGGACUUCCUGCUGCCAGACCGCAGCAAGUACGUCAACAUGGAGAAGCGUUUUCUGCGCAGCUACAUGGACCUGCUGGUCCAGACGUGUCACCGACGUGGAGCGCUGGCCACAGGAGGCAUGGCCGCCCUGCUGCUGCCUCCCAGGCACCAGGAGGACUCCUACCGCAGGGUGCUGGCCUCCGUGGAAAGACUGAAGCUGUUAGAAAUCAAAGCAGGCGUUGACGGCUUCAUGGUGUACGACAUGGAUUUGAUCGAACCUAUGCAGAAACUCUUUAAGCUUCACAGCAAGGGUUGCAACCAGCUGGACCAGCUCCGAGGAGACGUGGCUGUGACUCCUGAGGAUCUGCUGUCCAUGCCCGCGGGAGGAGUCACCCUUCAUGGGCUGAGGUAUAACAUCGCAGUGGGCGUGCUCUUCAUUAACGCAUGGCUGGCUGGGAGAGGCCAUUUUUUCUACAGAGGGCAGGUGGAGGAUUCAGCCACAGCAGAGAUCUCAAGAUCCCAGGUGUGGCAGUGGAUCCGUCACCAGGCCCGGCUGGAGGAAGACGGCAGGGUGGUGAGCCGGCAGCUGGUGACCCGGCUCACCAAGGAGCUCAGCGCUGAACUUGGUCCACUGGCUGGUUCUGAAAGGAUGGAACAGAACCUCCACACAGCAGCAGACAUGUUCCUGGAGGUGGUUCUGAAGAGACACUUCCCAGAGUUCCUCACCUCAUACUUGAACCUGGACCACACCUUCCUCCGCUCCCACAGCAGGAGGGAGGAAGGCCGAUGGCGCGCCAGGCUGUGAGGAGAGAGCAGGACCAGGUUCUCCUUCCACCAAACCUUCCAGCACCACAGAAGAACAGGUUCUGUUCUUAGGGUCCAGAACCAGCUAAAACCCAGGAAGGAGUUAUGUUCUAGAAUCAGGCCGGUUCUGAUGUCUGAAGCUGAGCGGUUGGACCGGUUCUGAGCUUCCUGCUCA